UAUAAGGUAUUCUACUGUUCGGUGUCGUAGGCUACUAGAUGACGGACGGAUUCAACCAUCUGACUGGAUAGGGGUGUUCCACAAUAGGAUACGCUGUAUGUUGUACGUUUUGUUUUUAGAUGUGUCAUGCAAAUGUUUUAUAGUAUUAUAAUAUUGUUCUACAAUUAGGCAUAUUUCGUAUACUCCAAUUGUUGAUUUAGAUAGUAUUCCAUCACCCCAUCAACGAAACGGGGGUUGCUGUCUUCUUUUGAGUUAAGCGUUCCUGUCCUGCUCUGGGGAGUGAUGUCACUGAUGGAAUGUGAUCGUUUCGCGAAUCUCCCACCCUCACGAGUCAGUGUACUUUACAUUGCUUUUUUAAAUCAUAAAACAGCUUGUUCCGCAUGGACAAAGACGAUUGUUCGUAGAGUGACUAUCAAAGAAAAGUACAUUUUUGCUGUUAGUCUGCAUUCCAGGACAGAUGCUCAAUGGUUUAUCAUUAAACAUUUUGUGGAUCGAACAACAUAGUUGGCUAUAUUUCAACUGGGUGACAAUGAUAUAAUGUCUAGUAGCUAAAUGUUGACCUUUGUGACGUACGCUUUGCUGUAAACUAGAACGUCGACAUUUAUUUUCGUAAAAUACCCCAUUUUGUCGAUUGAAGAUAAUCAGGACAGGGCUGCAGUCGAGCAAGGACAAGACAUUUUGUUUGCAUUUGAUCUACAGCGACAUACAACAAUGUUAACUCAGAGAAAGAGAAAACGCACUGUGGAGGACUUCAACCAGUUUUGCACCUUUGUGUUGGCCUAUGCUGGAUACAUCCCCUAUCAAACAGAGGAUUGGUGGUGUAGUGACAGCAACCCCUGCAGCAGUAGCCACAGUACCAGUCCAUGGGCCUACCAGUCCUCUCCUAACUCAGACUGUGGCUCCUCCACUCAGAACCAGAAGGAGAAAGGGAAGGAGUUGAAGAGGAGGAGGUCAGACAAGAAGCCAGCCGGGCCUGGCCAGGGGGAGAAGAAGCCUAGAGGAGGAAGUGCCAAAAAGUCUCCUAAUAACAAACAGGCUGCCCCUACAUCAACAGUCAGCAGAAUGCCAGAGCUCCAUGAGCAGCACCAGCGCCAGUCUGAACGGACCAACCUCAACAGCUGUCUUACUGACAACAAAACACAUCCUCUGACAGCUCCGAAAUGUGACCAUGACUGUAAACCUUCCCAAUUCCUUCCCUGACUCAACUCUUCCCUGAAGCCACC